UAUCUAAAUAACUCGCCUCGUCGGUAAAUAGACGUACCUGUGUGUUUCAAUGGAGAGACGGGAUUUCGAUAAACCAGAGACAUGGUGUUUUGUUUGUUAAAAUCAUGACAUAUCUUGAUAUCCCGUGAACAUUAAAAGAAGUACGCUAUUUUCAUCUGGAAUACAUAGCCAUUUCUUCAUCUGCGUUUGCCUGUUAAUGCUGGAGUCGGGAAUAUUUUGGAACAGCCAGUGGCUUUGAUUCGGGAGAGCUGUGGAUAAUUUACGCACAUGCACAAAGUUCUAACAAGAUAGAGAACCCGUGUUUAUGUUUUCAAUGGAAUUUAAAGAUUCAUGAGGAUUUCUCUUGCUAUCAACAUGUGAUAAAUUUAUACAUUACACGCUGACUACAAGCACAGUCCAUUAGAUGUUGUUUCCCCCAACAAGUGCGGAUUAAGUGUUCUUUGGAAAAUGUGUGAUUACUUUCAGAAACACGCAGGAAUUUUAUGCUUCAUGUGUUCGUAUCAACCAAACCUUCACCAUUAGUGAAUAUAAGACUAUAUCCAAUGUUACGGAAGAGGGGUAUUCGGAGACUUUUAUGUUUCGUUCCAAGAGAUCGACAUUAGUACGCGAGCUCUGGAAACUACGAAUAACACAAAAUGACUCCGAAAGUCAAAAUGAAAAAGAGGCACAUGAAAGCAAAUCGGUCCUUCAUUCUAUGUUGAAACGACUCAAGGAGAAAAACUUGGAAGUUUUGCUCCAAAGCAUCGAAUCAAAGGGCAGAGAACAAACCCCAUGUGUGUUGCUCCCCAAUGUGGAGUUAAAAAUGGGGAAGCACACUACGGACCCUCAUGUUCUGUGCUGUCAGGUUUGGCGCUGGCCAGACCUGACUCUGGACACAACGUUACGGCAAUUGCCAUGUUGUGAAACGGAUAAAGAUCCGUUGUAUGUUUGUUGCAAUCCGCAUCAUUGGAGUAUACAGCAAACAGCAGAAUCUUCAUAUUGUGCUGACAAAGCAAAUUCUCUUACCUCAGGAAUUGAUUGGCCCAGUGAUAUUUCUAUGGAAACAGUUUCCACGGAAACAGGUCUCACACCUUCAUGCAGAAGACAUUUUGAUGGUGACAUAUCAGACCCUUCUGUGGGCGAGGACUGUGGGUCGGGGAUGUCGGAUCAUUGGUGUUCUGUGGCCUACUGGGAACUCCGACAACGGGUGGGACGGUUGUACAUCGUACACGAACCUUAUCUCAACAUAUUUCAAGAUCUACCUCACGGAAACGGUUUCUCCUUGGGACUUGUCCAAGGCAAAACGGAAGUGGACUGUGUGAAACGGACGCGGGAAAAAAUAGGACUCGGCCUCGUUUUGAGCCGGGAAGCAGACGGAGUUUGGUUGUACAAUCGGUCCAAUUAUCCGGUGUUUGUGAACUCUCCGACAUUAGAUAAUCCCAGUUCCAGGACGUCCGUUGUGAUUAAAAUGAACCCGGGAUAUUCCAUGAAUAUUUUUAAUUACGAUAUGGCCAGUGUUUUUAGUGCUGUGAAAGAGAGAAAUUGUCUGGACGGGCCGUAUGAUCCUACGUCCAUACGAAUAAGUUUUGCCAAAGGAUGGGGACCUUCUUAUCACAGGCAGUUUAUUACGUCAUGUCCGGCAUGGUUAGAAGUACUACUCAAUAUAAACAGGUGACGUCACGCCCAUCGUCACGUGACGUCUGUUGCCAUAGAAACAUUUUAUGUUCAUUUUAUAUAAUUAAUGAAUUAUCAGAGAGAUCAUGUUAUUUAUAAUGUCAUAAAACUCUGAAUUGUAGGUAGGGAACAAAUCUGUAUAGUGUCAUCGCUACUGUGUAGUGACAUCCUAUUUUGUUUUAAUUAGUAAUAUAAUUUCAAUUAAAAAUCGGGAGACCUUUUGAUUUUAAGAACAAAAUCUCUGUUUUUGCAAUUUUAAGUAAGAUCCCCAGCCCAACUUUUGUUUUAAUGUUGUAGUCUGUUUUCACCUUUACCAUAUAUUAGUAUUCAUUUUACCUCGUGUACUAAAUAACUUGUAUUUUACAUUUUACGGUUAAAAUAUAUUUAAUUUAUUUUUAAAAAUCUGAAAUUUUCACAUUUGUAGAAAAUUAUCUGUUUGGAAGAAAAAGAAGCAUUUUUAUGUAAUGGAGUAAGAGAGAUAACUCCUUAUAAAGCUUCAACACUUUCUUGAAAAUACUAUGCGAUUUUCCAUUACACGUUAUACCGUUUAACAUUGAAUAUAUGUCACAAUUAUAUGUAUGUGUACUGUUAUAGAUAUACUUUGUGUAUGUGGUGCAUUUCAGCUACGACUUUUUUUUUCAUGAACAUCGUUUUUCCCCACAAAAUUCAUAUUUUCACUGCAAAAAAAGAGUGAAUAUGAAAAAUCAUUAAAAAAUAGAAUGUCACGUGACUGACUAGCCGUAUGAUGAAUGUCACGUGACUGAUUAGCCGUAUGAUGAAUAUUAAUGAGAGAAAAUGUUGGUUCUGUUUGAAAUAAAUGUUAAAGAUUUUUAAAA